AUGGAUAUGCUCGUCGAAGCGACUCAUCCUGACGUCGCCACGCUGAAUCCGGAGAGCCAGCGGCACAUGCGGUUUACGGAUACGCGCGUGGACGAGCAGCAGCGGAUGAUUAGCAUUAAGGCGGUUCCGAUGUCGCUUGUGCUGGAGGAUUCGACGGGGAAAUCGUAUCUGUGCAAUGUGGUGGACACGCCCGGGCAUGUGAACUUCUCGGAUGAAAUGACGGCCGGGAUGCGCCUGGCGGACGGCGUAGUGCUGGUCGUUGACGCCGUGGAGGGAGUCAUGGUGAACACGGAGCGAGCACUGAAGCAUGCGUUGCAGCAGGGUUUGGCCAUCACCCUCUGCAUCAACAAGGUGGACCGUCUGAUAAUGGAGCUCAAGCCCCCCCCGCCAGACCCUUAUCACAAGCUCCGUCACACUCUAGAGGAGGUGGACCGGUUGAUAACUGAGCUCAAGCUCCCACCCCCAGACGCCUACCACAAGCUGCGCCACACUCUCGAGGAGGUCAACGCCCUCAUCGCAUCCUAUGCUCCCGCCGCCAUGGCCGCCCGAACCUCCAGCUCAGGCUCGGCAGUCGUCUCGGCAGCCAUGCCUUCCGAAGCUCCCCAGCUGGACCCGGUCCUCGGGAACGUCUGCUUCGCCUCUGCUGCUGCUGGCUGGUCUUUCACCCUCCUUUCCUUUUCCAAACUUUACACCCAAACUCACGGGGUAAAUUUCGAUCCUGAACAGCUCGCGAAGCGGCUGUGGGGUGACCUGUACUACCACCCCGACACCAGAUCCUUCCGAAGGAAGCCGCCCGCGGGUGGCGGCGAGCGGACGUUUGUGACGUUUGUCCUGGAGCCGCUGUAUAAGCUGUACUCUCAGGUGGUUGGGGAGCAUAAGAAGAGCGUAGAGGCUACUCUAGGCGAGCUAGGGGUGUCUCUCCGUCCCUCUACUUACAAAAUGAACGUGAAACCGCUGCUCAAGGCGGCUAUAGGGGCGGUUUUAGGGGGCGGCGCGGGGGGUUUGGCUGAUAUGAUCAUCCGGCAUUUGCCGUCCGCUAAGGCUGCUGCGCCGGUGAAGGUCCAGACGACGUACACCGGCCCGCUGGUGGGCAAACGGGCGGCUGCGAUGCUGUCCUGCAGCGCGAAGCGACGAGGGCCGUUGAUGGUGCAUGUGACGAAGCUGUACCCUAAGCCAGACUGCUCAGCAUUCGAUGCUCUGGGGAGAGUGAUGUGUGGGACUCUUAGGACUGGGCAGACGGUUAGGGUUUUGGGAGAGGCUUAUUCGCCUGAUGAUGAGGAGGAUAUGGCUGUGAAGGUGGUUACAAAGCUGUGGUUAUACCAGGCUAGGUACAGGGUGCCGAUUUCGUCUGCUCCGGCUGGCUCCUGGGUGCUUAUAGAGGGAGUGGACGCGUCUAUAACGAAGACAGCGACCCUCUGUGAGGAGUUUGGUCAGCAGGGGGGUUACGGAGGCGCGGAGGAUGAGGAUGAGGAGGAGGCGGGGGGGAAGAAGGCCGGAGCGGGAGCAGGGGGGCGGUGGGGAGCAGGAGGAGGUGAGGAGGAUGAAGAAGAGGAGGAUGAUGAGGACGUGUUUAUCAUCGCGCCGCUGAAAUUCAACACGGUGUCGGUUGUUAAGGUAGCCACAGAGCCGCUGAACCCAUCGGAGCUGCCCAAAAUGGUGGAGGGGCUGAGGAAGAUCAGCAAGAGCUACCCGCUGGCCGUUACACGGGUGGAGGAGUCGGGCGAACACACGGUGCUGGGCACUGGGGAGCUGUUCUUGGAUUCGGUGAUGAAGGACUUGAGAGACUUGUUCUCCGAAGUGGAAGUCAAGGGUGGAGGAGUCCGGCAAGCGCAUGUGCUGGGCACGGGCGAGCUGCUCUUGGAUUCGGUGAUGAAGGACUUGAGAGACUUGUUCUCAGAGGUGGAAGUCAAGGUGGCGGACCCAGUGGUGUCCUUCUGUGAAACCGUUGUCGAAACUUCUUCUCUUAAGUGCUUUGCUGAGACGCCCAACAAGAAGAACAAGAUCACCAUGAUUGCAGAACCCAUGGAGAAGGGGCUAGCAGAGGACCUUGAGAGCGACACUGUGUCCGUGGAUUGGCCCAAGAAGCGCAUGGCGGAUCGUUCCUUAUUUCCCCCUGUUAUCGUCUCAUGUACCUCGUUCCCCUGCUUUCCUCAGAUCGCAGAGCCCAUGGAGAAAGGCCUGGCAGAGGAUCUUGAGAGCGGGGCAGUGUCACUGGACUGGCCCAAGAAGCGCAUGGCGGAGUUCUUUCAGACCAAGUACGACUGGGACCUGCUGGCCGCCCGCUCCAUCUGGGCCUUUGGCCCCGACCGACAGGGUCCCAACAUCCUGGUGCAUGACACGCUUCCCAGUGAGGUGGACAAGAACCUGCUGGCAACCGUCAAGGAGUUGGGGCCCAACAUUCUGGUGAACGAUACUCUUCCCAGUGAAGUGGAUAAGAACCUAUUGGCUGCCGUCAAGGAGUCCGUCAUCCAAGGCUUCCAGUGGGGAGCGAGGGAGGGCCCUCUGUGUGAUGAGCCCAUGAGGAAUGUGCGAUUCAGGCUGUUAGACGCUCUCGUGGCAUCGGACCCGCUGCAGCGGGGGGGCGGUCAGGUCAUCCCCACGUCUCGCCGUGUUGCAUAUUCUGCGUUUCUCAUGGCCUCACCUCGCCUCAUGGAACCCGUUUACUUUGUGGAGAUCCAGACCCCUGCGGACUGCAUGUCUGCCAUCUACACGGUGCUGUCGCGCCGUCGAGGUCACGUGACGGGCGAUGCUGCCAAGGCCGGCACUCCCGCCUACAUUGUCAAGGCCAUUCUCCCAGUGAUCGAGUCCUUUGGCUUUGAGACGGAUCUGCGCUAUCACACGCAGGGGCAGGCCCUUCUGUGUGUCGGUGCCAUUCUCCCAGUGAUAGAGUCCUUUGGCUUUGAGACAGACCUACGCUAUCACACGCAGGGGCAGGCCUUCUGUGUGUCGGUGUUUGACCACUGGGCUGUGGUGCCGGGGGACCCUCUUGACAAGAGCGUCGUGCUGCACCCGCUAGAGCCGGCUCCUGCUCAGCACCUCGCGAGAGAGUUCAUGGUCAAAACUAGGCGGAGAAAGGGCAUGAGCGAGGAUGUGAGCAUCAACAAGUUCUUUGACGAUCCUAUGCUUCUGGAGCUGGCUCGGCAAGACGCCGAGUUGCAACAAAUCCUUUGA